UCUCUUGCGUGUCUGCUGGUGGGAACAUCCUCGGGCUCUUCACGCGCCCCGUGGGAGUCUGCACUGAACGAGGGAAGGCCUCAGCAUGUCGGACAACGAGGAUAAUUUUGAUGGAGAUGAUUUUGAUGAUGUGGAAGAAGAUGAAGGACUUGAUGAUCUGGAAAAUGUUGAGGAGGAGGGUCAGGAAAAUGUGGAAAUCUUGCCAUCUGGAGAGCGACAACAGGCAAAUCAAAAGCGGAUCACUACUCCUUACAUGACCAAAUACGAGCGGGCCAGAGUUCUUGGUACCCGUGCCCUCCAGAUAGCCAUGUGUGCCCCAGUGAUGGUAGAGCUUGAAGGAGAAACAGAUCCCUUGCUGAUUGCAAUGAAAGAACUAAAAGCUCGGAAGAUUCCUAUAAUUAUCCGCAGGUACCUUCCAGACGGAAGUUAUGAAGACUGGGGUGUAGAUGAACUAAUUAUCACAGAUUAAAUCUCUUCUUUUCUGUGCUCCAACUCCAAUUUUUAUGGAAUACACACAUGUAUAUAUAGUUUUUGUGUAAAUAAAUACUAAAAUCCCA